UUGACCAAAACAUUUAGAGACAACAAAGAUAUAUUUGUACAACUUUAACACAGUUAUGAUUUUUUAACUUCGAAGUCUAUAAAAAAAUGUUUUUACAGAAAAGGAAUUAAACUGAUGAAUGCAAUAUUCAAGAAGAUAUAAAUCUUAAAUCCUGUUGUGAGAAAGUAAUAAAAUUGGUAUUUGGAUAAAAAUGGCGGCUAAGGGUAGUGACAAUGCAUCGGAUGAAAUAAUAGGUACCAAAUGCUCUGUGUGUGCUGGGAAAAAUAUAACACGAGAAGCUGAAAAAUACUGUGUAGAAUGUCAGGACUAUUACUGUAUACCGUGUACAGACAUGCACAAAGCUUUCCCGGCAUUGAGAGUACACAAAUUGCUGAAUAAAGCAGAUUUCAGCACACAUGGUCUACAGUCUUCAUUACCGUCUUUUCCAACAGAGAGAUGCCCGAUUCAUAAAGCCAAAUUUUUGGACAUGUUCUGUAAGAACCAUGAUGAGGUUGUGUGUGCCACUUGUGUAGCUAUAAAUCACAGAACUUGCCAGGAUAUACACUCUAUUCUGGAUGAAGUUGAUAAUCUAUACAAACAAUCAGCUUCUGAUCAAACCAAGAAACAACUCCUUGUAGCAAAAAUGGAUGCUGAGGAUAUAAAGAAAGCCAAACAGCAAAUCCUCAGUGAGCUAAAGAAACAAAAGCAGAGAGCAACUGAUUCUAUCAUAAACUACAGAAAAGAACUGGAGGCUGAGCUCAAGAGACUUGAAUCGGAAUCAAUCAAGGAAGUUGAUGCACAGUAUAGUAGUAUGGAAAGUGAUCUACAGAGUGAGAUCAAGGAAGCAGAGCAACAUAUUGAUGACCUGGAACAAUCUGCUACCAAGCUGCAAAAGUCCAAUGGAAAUAAAGGCCAAGAAUUUGUUUGUGUCAAAACUGCUCAGAAAAAAAUUCUUACAGCUAAAAGUUCUCCAAGUAAAAUACAAACAGAAAUGAAAAUGUUUUUUUCUGCUGAUAUGAAAAUAAAAAACUACCUAAAACAAUUAAAGACAUUAGGAGAGCUGUCUACAGCAGAAGCAACCUACAAGCCAAGAACCACAGCAUACAAAGUGAAACAGCAGAGAGAUAUUGAUAUUAAGCUUAAAGAAGACAAAGAUACAUGUAGAAUAUAUGGAUCCUGUUUUACUGCGGAUGGCUCCUUACUGCUUGCUGAUCUUGAAAAUUACAAGUUAAAACGUCUGGAUGUCUCUACAGAUACCAUACAGACCAUCUAGACCUGGAGGCAACACCUAUUGCUGUAUGUCUAACCAGUAAACAAGAAGCUGCAGUAAGUAUGAACAACAGAAGCAUACAGUUUGUAUCACUAGGAGACAAGAUGACAACAACAAGGAAGCUGAAGAUGGAUCAUCCCUGUGAAGGUUUGGCCUUCAAUGAUGGAAAAUUUUUCAUAUCUGAUCAAAGCAAAACAGUUUAUAUUCAUGAUAUAAGUGGCACCAUGUUACAUAAAAUUACGACUGACAAAUCGGGCAAUCCAAUUUUCAGAAGCACUAGACAUAUUAGUAUGAGUACAAACAGAGACCGUGUGUAUGUGGCUGAUUACAACGAAGGUGUAAUAACUCUAGACAUACAGGGAAAUUAUCUAUCAACAUUUACUGAUCCUAAUUUAGUUAUUCCUCAGGGAGUAUGUACAGAUAAGAGAGGAAACAUACUGGUCCUUGGGUGGGGAUCAUCAAAUAUUGUCCAGGUUAAGGAGGAUUCAAAAGCAAAGUUAGGCACCAUCAAAAUAGAACAAAAUCCAUCAUCAGUCUGCUUUAAUCCUCAACAGAACAAACUAGCUGUAACUCUUGAGUGCAGCAAUAGCAUAAAGGUCUAUGAGCUGGAGUAAGAUACAUUUACUGCUGCUGGCAUCACAACAAUGAAUAAUUUGUAUAACUUUUAAGUCACUACGACACAAAGCAAGACAUUAUUUAAUUUGCAAUGUCAAAGAUAACAGGUAACACAUCAUUUACAAUAAAAUAUCAUAAAACUAGA